AUGUCUGAGCCUCAGGUCCCUCUGCCUGAUGUCGAACAGCUCAGUGACCGGGUCAUUCGGGUCCUCGGAGGGAAUCCUUCCAAGUUCACUUUACAAGGCACAAAUACAUACAUUGUCGGCACAGGAGCAAAGCGGCUGCUGAUAGAUACUGGCGAAGGCAAGGAAGCGUGGAUCGAAUCGCUGAAGAAGGCCCUGUCAGAACACAACAUCACAAUCGACACAGUCCUCAUAUCCCACUGGCACCAUGAUCACACCCAGGGCGUGCCUGACCUUCUAGUCCAUUCUCCAGACACAAAGGUACAUAAAAACAAUUCAGAUGGCAACAGUGACUGGCUCUCCAUAUCCGACGGGCAGAUCUUCUCAAUCGAGGGUGCAACGCUGCGCGCCUUCCACUGCCCCGGACAUACAGUCGACCAUAUGGCAUUCAUUCUCGAAGAAGAAGACGCCAUGUUCACCGCUGACAAUGUGCUGGGCCAGGGUACGGCCGUCUUUGAGGACCUCGCAACCUACAUGACGAGUUUGGAGACUAUGGAGAAGCAGUUCAAAGGCUGUGCCUACCCUGGCCAUGGCCCAGUGAUCAAAGACGGACCAGGGAAAAUUAAUGAGUAUAUCAAGCACCGGAGGCAGCGCGAGCAGCAGGUGCUUGCUGUGCUUGCCACGGAGAGGGAAGGUGGGUGGACGAGUAUGGAAAUUGUCAAAGUCAUCUACAAGGACUAUCCAGAAAAUUUAUGGGAACCAGCGGAGAGAGGGGUCAUCCAAAUUUUGGAAAAGUUGAAGGGAGAAGGCAAGGUCGUCAAGGAAAGCAAAGGAACAUGGUCGUUGAGUGGCAAGGCGAGUCUUUAG